UAGAAGAGCAGCGAGAGCGAUGGAAGAGAAAAAGAGACGUGGAUCGAUGGAACCCCAGCUCUCUUUUCACGGGCUUCCACCUCCCAAGCCCUCGCCUUUUUCUCCUCUCCCCUCUUUUCCUCCCAUCUUUUCCCUCAGACCCAGCGCCUUCUCCUCCUCCCCAUGACCUCCUCCUGCUCCUCCUGACCCCCUUUCUGGAGCCCAAAACCCAGAGAGAGAGAGAGAGCGCGCGCACGAGAGAGAGACAAAGAGAGCAGAAAGAGAGAGAAGCGAAGAGGUUGGUGGCGACGGGGAAGAUGGAGGUGGGGUCUGGCUCCGGGGAGGGGCACAUCAAGGGCGUGCCCACCCACGGCGGCCGUUACGUGCAGUACAAUGUGUACGGCAACAUCUUCGAGGUCACUGCCAAGUACGUCCCGCCGAUUCGGCCCGUCGGUCGUGGGGCCUACGGCAUUAUUUGUGCUGCUGUGAAUUCACAGACAGGCGAAGAGGUUGCUAUUAAGAAGAUUGGCAAUUCAUUUGAUAACCGAAUUGAUGCCAAACGAACUUUAAGAGAAAUAAAGCUUCUUCGUCACAUGAAUCAUGAAAAUGUUAUUGCAAUAAAGGAUAUCAUACGCCCUCCAAAAAGGGAAAACUUCAAUGAUGUCUAUAUUGUUUAUGAAUUAAUGGAUACUGAUCUUCAUCAGAUAAUUCGCUCCGACCAGCCAUUGACUGAUGACCAUUGCCAGUUUUUCCUUUAUCAGUUACUUCGUGGGCUGAAAUAUGUGCAUUCAGCACAUGUCUUGCACCGAGACCUUAAGCCUAGCAAUUUGCUCGUAAAUGCAAAUUGUGACCUUAAAAUAGGAGAUUUUGGACUGGCGAGGACAACUUCUGAAACAGACUUUAUGACGGAGUAUGUUGUCACUCGUUGGUAUCGGGCACCUGAGUUGCUUCUUAAUUGUUCAGAGUACACUGCAGCAAUUGAUAUUUGGUCAGUAGGAUGCAUACUUGGUGAAAUCAUGACCCGAGAGCCACUAUUUCCUGGAAAAGACUAUGUUCAUCAGCUAAGGCUGAUAACUGAGCUAAUAGGUUCACCAGAUGACUCAAGCCUUGGGUUUCUUCGAAGCGAUAAUGCCCGAAGGUAUGUGAGGCAGCUCCCCCAAUACCCAAGUCAACCAUUCCGGGCUAGGUUUCCCGAUAAGUCUAGUGGAGCUGUUGAUUUAUUAGAGAGAAUGCUAGUGUUUGAUCCAAGCAAGAGAAUUACAGUUGAUGCUGCUCUCUGUCACCCUUAUUUGGCAUCUUAUCAUGAUAUUAAUGAUGAACCUGUCUGCCCGGCUCCGUUCAGUUUUGAUUUUGAACAGCCAUCAUUUACUGAAGAAGACAUUAAAGAACUCAUCUGGAGGGAAACUUUGAAAUUUAAUCCAGAUCCAGUGCACUAGAGAAAUUUUCGUGUAUGUGCUAUACAUUGCUGAAGGUAAUUGAUAGUAUUUGUAACUAUGCUUUGCCCUUUGAAUCAAAAUUGCUGCCCAGUAUAUAACAGUAUGGGUGAGUGGCCUGAAGCCAGUAGAAGCUUAAGUCAUCUACCCAUUCUACUUCUAGUCUGUUGUAUUGUGAGUUUGAAGUUGAGCCAGAGCAUGAGAAAACAAAGGUGACUCGAUAUUUCAAAAAGAAAUCCAUGUUGUAUGCAGGUCUUUGCUUUGGACUAUUUAUUUGAGAAACAGUUGCUCUUUGUGUUAGAAUUACAUGGAAAUGUUAUGGUGCCCAUAUGCUU